GCAAUUUUUCCUUUCACAAAGACCUUGUUUGCAACUGUUAUCAAACCUCUGCAUCGGGAACUAGCGCUCGAUUUGAAAGCUCAGGGUCAUGGUGCCAAAGGAGACAACAUCUACGAAUUUCAGAUUGAGUUCCUAGAACCGGUUGAGCCUAAACCUAUAUGCAGGGUGACUCAAAGGCAGCUGAACAUCACUGUGCAGAAAAAAGAGAGUAACUGGUGGGAGAGACUCACCAAGCAAGAGAAGCGCCCGCUCUUCCUAGCUCCUGACUUCGACCGCUGGUUAGAUGAAUCAGAUGCUGAAAUGGAAAUGAAGGAGAAGGAAGAAGAAAAGAUUAACAAAGUGAAAAUAGAAUCCAGAGUCCCAAAAGACCCUUUCAAACACCUGAAGAAGGGAUACUUAAUCAUGUAUAAUCUUGUACAGUUUUUGGGAUUCUCUUGGAUUUUUGUGAACAUGACAGUACGACUGUUCAUCCUGGGAAAAGAUUCCUUCUAUGAUACAUUUCACAGUAUUGCUGACAUGAUGUAUUUCUGUCAGACCCUGGCAUUAAUGGAGAUCAUGAAUUCACUAAUAGGAUUAGUCAGAUCACCGCUGAUACCUGCUGUAGUGCAGGUAUUUGGAAGAAACUUUAUUUUGUUUGUUGUCAUCGGAAGCUUAGAGGAAAUGCAGAGCAAACCUGUGGUGUUCUUCGUAUUUUAUUUCUGGAGUAUUGCUGAGCUGUUCAGGUAUCCAUAUUACAUGCUUUCAUGCAUCGGCAUUGAAUGGAAACCACUAACCUGGCUCCGAUACACUACCUGGAUCCCUCUCUAUCCCUUAGGAGGCUUGGCAGAAGCUGUCUGUGUCGUUCAAUCCAUUCCAAUCUUCAGUGAAACAGGGAAAUUUAGUCUGGGAUUGCCAAAUCCACUGAACGUCACAAUCCAGUUUUCAUUUUUGCUUCAAAUAUACCUUAUAGCCUUGUUUUUAGGGGUAUUUGUAAACUUCCGUCAUCUGUACAAGCAAAGGAAACAGCACCUUGGACCAAAGAAGAGAAAGAUGAAGUAAAGGAGGACUGCAAUGCUUUCUUAUCUAACUUAUCUCAAUGACAAGAUAAGCCUCUAAUUCUUACGGUUUUACCCACUGUAAUGUAAAGAAUUUUGUAAAAUUAAAUGAUCACACUAGAUCUCAUGAUUUCAUAGUGAAUUCAGGUAACUUUCCCAUAUCCUGUAUUUUGUUCCCUUUCUAUCAUGUAUGCAUGGCAUUUACCACUGAACUAACAUUUAAAUGUGUAUCCUGUCAACUACCAUGUUAGAAAGAAAUCCUAUUAUCUGCAUAUAAUAUGCUUAUAAACAGUGGAGCAGCACUAAAUAGAAAUAGUGUUUAUCUUUUAAUUGUAUAUUUGCUCUUUCAAUAUUGGAUGCAGAUAGGGCUUCUGAUGUGGGGAUAUAUUAUUAGCUGGCCUGUGCUGUUCCUAGGGUGCAGUCUGAGACCACUGAACAGUGGUUGGGUGUUUAACGGUUAGGGUCAACUUGCUCAGCACAUACCCCUUCUCUUCUGCAGCAUACUGGUGCUGCAGAAUUCAAACUGGAAGUUGCUAGAGUUGACUUAAAUGCUACCAACUUCAGUCUGUUUAGCCUUAACAGAAUAGGAGCGCUAUGUGGAUCUUAGAAUUAGCAAUACAUCCUUAUCCAGUCAUUAGGGAAAAAAAGCUGCCACUCUGUGACACAGUCAGAAACACUUUCCUGAUCGGUAAUGCAAGCACUGAAACAGAACAGAACAAGGAAACAGAGGUACCAGCUUUCUCCUAGCCUGUGAAUAAACCCCAGCAGAACUCCAUCCCACCCAUGCAAAGCAAAAAUGUGAAACUGUCAUGGGAGACUGGGGCUCCUCUGAUCAUUCCUGGCAGAGCUGUAGCUCCUGUAUUUAGAGCCUUCAGAAAGGCCGUAAAGAUUGCUUUUCUACUUAAACUUAGGGGUGCAGCUGAGAAUUUGGUGUAUAUGCUUUGUUGGCUGGCCUCUGGUGGGAUGGAGUAGUAAAUCAAAUAAACGGUGUAUUAUUUUGAUAGCAUGUAUCUCAGUAAGGGAGAUCCCACACAAGGUCUGAAGGGACCCUUUCCUCUGCGCUUGCUUUAAACAGCAGCAACAACAGAAAAAGAGAAGCUCCUCCCCACGUUCUAGGUCAUCUACUCUCUCACCUGGAAACCUUUGCUUCAGUUGGCUUAAAUUCAAUGCAGCCUUCUUCACACCUAGCCUCCUGUAGUUAAUUCCAGAUCCCUCUGGCCUCCUUAAUCCAGUAUGGAAAAUGUACAAAAAGUUUGCUCUAAACCAUAUUGUGAUUACAAACAGGUUGCUUCACAACUGCCACCGCCCCCAGGGCAAUGCAAAGCAAUGCCAGCAAUCCAGCACUGGCACUGAAGUGGAGAUCAGCUUAGUGCCAUGUUGUUAUUAUCAUCUUUUUCUACUGUAAAACAAUAUGAACCCUCCAGAAAAUUAUUUUCUAUAUUAAAGAUAACAGCUUACUGCUUGUGAUAUAGACCCAGUGAUUGUUACACUAAAGAAGAGGAAAUACGAGAUUUUAACAAAGAAACACACUGCAUUUCACAAAUUGUAUUCUCUCACCAAGAGGCCUAAUACAACUUUUCUUUAGGGAUACUUGAGACUCCCCCUCAGAGGAGAGUGCAGCUUCACUCAAGGAGAGUUACUUACACACUUAAUAUUUCACUUAGCCCAUACUGUAUCUAUGUUUGAAGUAUGUCAAAGGAUUGAAUUAGCUGAGUAAUGGAACAGCAAGGAUCACUUUCAUACUUUAAUUUCUCCACUGGGCAUUUAAACUUCUGUUUUGAAAUCCGUAUGUAUUCAUACAUUGUAUUUCUCGGUGAAACUGUGGUACCUAGUGCAAGCUGUCAUGGAUCUUACACUACUGAAUUUUAGUCCUUCAGAAAGAAUAUGUUUAUAUUAAUAAAGAUUUACAA